AUCAGUGACCAGACUCAAACUCACUGUCAGCUGCUGCUGAAACACUGAAAUCAUGAAAUCAUGAAAUCACGCUGAUGUGAAUCACUGAGGAUCAACUCACUAUCAUUACAGUCAUGAAGAAAGGAUCGUUUAAUUUCCUGGGCAAGAAGGAUCAAUCUUUAUUCGGCACCAAUGUGGAGUUCAAGGAGAUGGAUAACGUGGAGCUGGUGUUGGACUCGUCCGCUAUCCCGGAGUCUGGAACCGCCAAAGUGCGCUCGCGUCCGACCGUCAAACACUUCACGUCCUCUGAGGGUGUGCAAGGCUUUGCAGUUCCAACUCCCAAGGUACCAAUGCUUCCACCCUUCCAUGAACCCAAGAUAAACGGUGCAGGAAGUACCACAAAUUUCCCGAAAGCAAGAAUGCUUUCUGUUCCUGACAUAAUCGAGGGAGAAAUACUUAUACCUCCUCCACCCAGCGCCGCUCCUCCACCCCCGCCACCCUCUUCAGCCCCACGUCCUCCAACUUUCAUCCCUGUCCCACCCCAGUACUUUGGUGAAAUGGAUCCUUCUGUAAAAUAUGCAAGUCUGCAACCCCCUCCAAUGGCACCCCCAAAACCUCCAUCACUUGCCGGGUCCGUGUACAGUUCAGAUUUGGACAUUGCCUCCCUCAAACCUCCUCCAAUGGCUCCUCCUAAAAAUCCAUCUGAAACGUCCAGCAUCAGAGGUUCCCUCUCCAGCCUGGAGCUCCAAGAUAUCCCAGACUGCCCUAAAUUCACCCCACCGCCACCCCCUGGUGGGAAAGCGCAACCUGUUCUUGAUAAAUCUCCGAAGGCGGCGCCUCUAAAACCCGUCCGAAUGUCCUCCAUAUCUAAUCUGGAUAUUCAGUCCCAAAUCCCAACGGCACCAGUUGCUUCUAACCCAACACCAUCUAGCUUCAACCCCCAGAACACAGCCAAACUCUACGACGUACAGAAGAGCACAUUCCUUCUCGGACAGUCGGACAAGGAAAAGGUCCAGUCCAUUUUACUGCUGGAAGAUUCUUCUGCAAACUCAGUUGUUGUUGUCAAUGGGAAUAGCGGGAAAAAUGGCGGAUCUCUCCAACCAGUCCAAUCAGUUGUGCCGCCAACUAAACCAGCCCGUCGUAACAGCUCUGCCGCUCUGCUACAGAAUGACCAGCCAGACGCGAUAAAAGCGCCAAGUCAACCAGCCAAGGUUGAGGUCAAAGUAAAUCCUGAGCCUGUCAUGGUACAAAACAUCCGGACUGAGGUUCCAACACCCAUCCAAGUCUCACCACGAAUAGAGAAGAAAAUGCCUGAUGUUAGGCAGGUGAUGGAGUCCCCUGGCAGGUCUCGCAGGAACAGCCCGGUCGUGAACCACCGACAGCUCAACACACAGAGAGUAGAUGGCACAGUAAAGAAAGAGACAUCCACCUCACCGUUCGCCCUGCUAUUGGCUGCAAAGGAAAGAGAUAAGCAGAGAGCAGCUCUAUCCCAGCAGAACAGCAACCCCACAGAGCAGAGCAAUUCUGUGAUCCAACCUAGUGCUGAAAAACCAAACUCCUUCACUGUCACUCCUCGAGACCCAACACCAGACAGUCCCAAUGCACAAUUAAAGACCACCACAAACGUGCAACCACUCACCAAAGCAGAGGUUACAAAAGCGUCCCACUCAAAGCCGGAGCUAAGCUCAACUCCACAACAAAGCAGCCCAAUGAACAGCUCCGUUGGUGGUCUGAGUGUUCCUGUUAGAGAUGUGGAAAGCGGAGAAGACUUGAACUUCAUUCCACCACCUCCAGAAUUUGCCAACUCCGACAUUGAGGAUGAACCUUCGGUUCCCCCGGCAAGUCACCUUCUUCCUGCUCCUCAACCUUCUAAGACCUUACCUUCUACCCCUACUCCGAUCUUUAACUGCCCCCCACCUAGUCACCCCGCUCCUGCUCCCCCUGUGAAAACUGCCCCUCAACCUUCUAAAACUUUACCUGCUACACCUGCGCCAAUCUUUAAUUGCCCCCCACCAAGUCACCCCGCUCCUGCUGCCCCUGUGAAAACUGCCUCUCAACCUUCUAAAACCUUUUCUCCUCCAAUCAUUAAUUGUCCCCCACCAAGUCACCCCGCUCCUGCUCCCCCUGUGAAAAAUGCCUCUCAACCUUCCAAAACCUUACCUUCUAUCCCUACUCCAAUCAUUAAUUGCCCCCCACCUAGUCACCCCGCUCCUGCUCCCCCUGUGAAAACUGCCCCUCAACCUUCUAAAACUUUACCUGCUACACCUGCUCCGAUCAUUAACUGCCCCCCGCCAAGUCACCCCGCUCCUGCUUCCCCUGUUAAAUCUGCUCCUACACCCUACUUACCUACUCAAAUCCCCAAUGGCGCCUUACCAAGUCACUCUGCUCCUCCUACUCCACCUACCAAACCCUCCCCACCUGCUACACCUCCUCCUGUAACCAAUGGCCCCCGUGUUUCCCCCAAACCUAAGCCUCCCACCUACCCUCCUAAAGCCCCAGGCCCUCCACCAAACUUCCAGCUCCAAUCCAAACCAGUUCAAACUAAAGCCACGCAACCUCCUGCACAGGGACCUCCGUCCGUCUCCGCUAGCCAGGCAACACUUCUCAGUAUCUUGCAGAAGAAGAUGUUGGAGAUGGACCCCAAGUUCUCAGCUGCCAAGGAGGUGGAGUCUAACGGAGAUGACUGGAACUCUCCGCUGUCUGAUGACGAGACCCCAUCCUAUCCUUCGAAAACCCGAAGUGCUACCCUGCCAGUGCAAUCUCAUGGGCUGGACCUGAAGGAGCUGGAAAGCAAAGCCGCCAAAAAAGUUCUAGCCACUUCUGCUAAAUCCCAGAACAGUCCCGGAUCAUCAAGCAAACAGCAGCACGGCAUGACAUUCACCGUGAGGCCAGGAACCAAACAGCCCAUCACACCGGUGAGCAGAGACGGCUCGCCCUGAUCCGGGGAUGAGGCCGGUCGGGACCUGCGCUGAAACGCUGAGAGCGACAGAAGCUCGACCACUGUAGCUGAAGUAUUACUGUAACCGUCUACGGUUCGAAACAAGCUCUGCCUGUGUAUGAACAGCACAAACUCACAAUACGUGACAUUCUUAAUGUCAGAACGUUUAAUUUAAGUCACUCAAAUCACGUUUAAUCCAUUUCCUCAUCGGUUCGUUGGACGUUUCUUUUCAUGUCAAAAAACGUCUUUAAUCAUUAACGUACAAACUCUACAGCUCUCGAUCCCAGAGCAGCUUCCAGUGGUGCUGGACUAUUUCUCCAGGUCAAAACGAUGUAUUUUAUGAACUGAAGUAUAAAAUAAGAAUGCCUUUAAAAUGUAGAUGUAAAUGCUAUAGAUACCGAUGGCUGCUGUUGCUGCUUUGUAUGGUUAUUAUUUCGAAUCUGAAGCAAGAAUCAAAAACAUAAUGAAGCAACCUUCGCUUGUGUGUUUGAAUAUACUCGUGUGUGUAAAUAAGAAAUAUUUUGGGGAAAUCUCACUUUAAAUUGUGUGAUAUAGGUCAAUAAUUGUGCUUUAUUGAUCUAUGGAACUAUUUCUACGAUUUGUGAGACUGUUAUUUUGUACAUUUAACACUUUGUUACGCCUGAAGGGAACAAUAUAACCGCAAUAUUCUGUAAUAAAAAACAUGCCAGAGCAAAA